AUGAACUCGACGUAUGUGCAAACCGAAGAAGAGCAGCGACAAUGGCUGUCGACCCUUGCAUACGACCCAAGUUUUGAUGCUGGCGCCCCUGUUGAUGGCUUUAGUCAUACCGAGGUUCGAUACUGUCCGAGCGGGUAUCCAGAUUACUUUUGUCCGCGUCUGGAGUAUCCUCGUCCCCACGUGUAUGGCGCAUACGAAACCUUGGAUCAACAGCAGGCCUGUUGGAUAUGGAACAACUUCAAUCUGGAAUCCAAGGCAUCCCACUUGGAGGGUGAUCUCAAUGGCAGCUCUUCACCCCCGUGGUCGAAUCCUGAGAUAUCUACGCACUCGAAUGUUGCAUUUCCAACCCCACUGAAUUAUCAACAAAUCUCGCCACGAGCCUACCUGGACCAAGCUUCACAGGUAGUACAAGCAUACAGAGACAACARCAUUGCGUCACAGGAUAGCAACGAGCAGAACUCGACCAUCAGCGUAGCUCCAGGUUCAUCAUUGAAUACUGCCGAGUUUGUUGAUUCCCCCGUCGUGCUAGAGCGCAAAAUCUUCCAGCCAUCGAUGGAAGUCGAUGCAGAUGGCGAGACACCUCGUCCGCAGAGCCCCAAAUGGGUGGGAGACGAAUACACAGCGUCAUGGAUUCGUGGAAGCGGCACUGAAAGGGUCGGAUGGUGCGGUUUCUGCCCUACGUGGCAUAGACUCAAGGAUUCUGCCUACUGGUAUCAUAUGCACUAUUCCCAUGGCAUCAGUUGUGUGACGGGCAGACCAUUCAAAGAACCCAAAUGCUGGCGUCAAAAACAAGGAAUAACCGCUUUCGAAGCUCUAUGCGGCACAUGUGAGAAAUGGGUAUAUAUUGGAAAACUCGAUCGAUGGCGGACUCCAUAUUUUCGUCACGCCUAUAAAUGUCAAAUGAAGAAACUUCCUAAAAGGACUACGAGCGGGAUCCGAAGUAAGAGUAGUUCGCCUACUACGGGUCAAGGCUAA